CUCUCUUCACGAUGAGGGAUGGAGUACGUCCUGACAGACAAGCGGUUUGGAAUCGCCAACGAAGUAAGAUAUCUUGACGGGCAGAGUGCGCGGUGCCACUACAGCAGACGAUCAAGUUGAGAGCCGCGUUUCUCUAUUUCGUCAAUGGGCUCUCGUUUGCCUUUCUAUGACUCGCACAAGUUCAUCAACCCUCUUCUGGGGAUUCUCUUGACCUUCACUCUCACAGCAAACAAGCAGCCCUUGUCGCUCAUAUUCUCUGAUUUUCCAGUGAAUGUCCACUUUCUUCCGCAGUCUGUUUGGUCUCUACAACAAAUUUUCAUGUCUGCCGAUCAAGCUACGACGGUUCCCUGUCUCGCCGCUUCGUCCAUUAUCGCGAAACUUGCCAUGCGCAAUGGAUAUCAACAGCAGUAACUUCCCAGAAGAAAUCAUCAAAAUACUUCAGCAUGUCGCUAGCAGCCGUUUCAUUGCCCUUGAUCUGGAGUUCUCAGGCGUCGCUGGAAGGAGGGCCAGGGGUGGUUCAGGCAAGCUUGAUUUACACGAGUAUUACGGGGAUCUCAGGUCGGCGGCACAAAUCUAUCAGAUCUUACAGGUUGGUUUGACUGUUGUCACCGAGGAUAUCGAGGAAGGACGAUAUGAGGUUCGACCUUAUAACUUCCAUCUCAGUCCGUUGCCUGCAACAAAAGAAUCAGUCUUUACUCGAGUAUGGUCGUAUAACAGUGGUGCAAUCUCUUUCCUACUACGCAAUGGAUUCAGCAUCGAUAAACCAAUUCUAGAGGGUAUCCACUACCUUUCUCGGCAAGAGGAGGAUCAAGUGCGCAAGAAACUGGUCGAAGACGAGCAGAUGAGAUCGAAUAUGCCCGACAUGAACCUCAAGGAAGACGACUCAUUCCUCGUAGAACAUAUCAAGCAAUCGAUUGACGAGUGGCAGACAUUGCCCAAGGGCAAGCAGGAAGCCUAUCUCAUCAUCCCCGCAGCAGAUGCCCGGGAACCCAUACCUUCGGUACUGAAUCGCUACCAGGUUCGAUUGACCCAUCAGAUCGUUAGAAACGAAUAUCCGAACCUCAAGACGCAAGGAAUGGGUCAUUUUGUUCAAGUCACCAAUCCCACUAGCAAACAGCAAGCCAGUGAGAAAAAAGAGCGUGAGCGAAAAUGCGAGGUGGAGAUAGCGAACGCCAUCGGCUUCCGCUGGAUCUUGGAGGCCAUUACCGGCGGCGACAUCUCUAAGCUCCCACAUUACUAUGUGAUUUCUGGAUUUCCACCGGAAGAUCAACCUAAGGACGUCCAGGCUUUCCUUAAUCAACUCCAGAAGUCAUUGCGAAGCCAGACCCGAGCUCUUGUCGGCCACAACUGCUUGACAGACGUGAUGAAUUUGUAUCGAUGUUUCAUUGGCGACCUCCCCGAGAAGGUGGAAGACUUCAGCGCAAGGCUGCGGAAGCUGUUCCCCGUGAUCAUCGAUACCAAGUAUGUCGCUGGUCUGGGCAACAAGCGAUGGGCCGACACAUCUCUAAGGGCUGUCGAGAGCGACUUGGCUUCCUCGGCACUCCCUGAGAUACAUUUACCGCCCAGUUUCGACCGAUAUGUUUAUGCUGCCAACUACCAUGAGGCUGGCUUUGAUAGCUUUGUGACCGCCAAAAUUGGUUUGAAGCUACCCACCAAGUUAAGAAGAGAGCAAAAGGAUGUCGGAUCUUUGGUCAAGAGGUCUGCUGAGAGGACGAAAGAGAAGGCAGGCGCUACAUCACCAGAAAAUGCCGGUCAGAUAACAAUUGAAGCCCAGGCAGGAGAAGAUGGCCAGAAGCAGGGAGUGACACAAACACUCGUCGACAUGAUCAAAACCCCAGUAAGCGCAGUUAAGUCUAUUCUGACAGGAGCACCAAGCGCAGUCGACCAAGGUUCCACCAUACCUGUUGAGCGCGGGUCAUCAUACAUGAAAACUGAUGAGAACGCGGUUACCGACAGAGUUAUUGCAGCAAAGGAGACAUCGAAGGUACUUCCAGCAUCCAAGGGCGAACUCCAGAAACUGAGGGUCAUAUCAACGAAAGUCAACAUCUUCGAUAUGCUUGAAGAUGACCCCACAGAAACCUCGGAUGAGCAACUAAAGCUCAAUGAACAGCAGAGGACUGCGGACUUGGUCAGGGAAGGCCGACUGUUGCCGCGAUGGGAGGAAGAUGCAGAGUUCUGGCAGCUGAUCAGCAACAAGUUGCAGGCAAAUGCCACUCAAGAAGGGAUUUUGGAUCUUACGAAGCACUGAAGUCUACCAAUGACUGCCCUAGGAGGGCUGUUUGUACUCGAAACUCGAUGUUCCUCACUGCGUAGAGAUGAACUCAAUUCUGAUGCCGAGGUUCAAGCGACCCGAACUUG